UCUUUUUCUUCUCCCAUCUCUCUUAUCUUUUUCCCUCAUCAGAAUCUCUUCUUCGCUGUUAACGCAUAACAAACGAGCUUUCACGGCCGUCGUGGACCGACCCGAAAAUCCGAAUCCGAAGUGGCGGCUCCGGUUAACGCCUUGGACUUUGUGCCUCUCAUUCUCUGAUUAUCGUCGCGGCAUGGACUUCGAAUCUAAAUCUUUCUCGGUGCAUCCGCCGGUUAUUGAUGGAUGAUUGUCUUUUUCUUCGGUGCUGUUAAGGGAUACGGGAUUUUAGUGGUGCUAGUGUUGUUGGAGCAUUGAGGGAACUAACUGCUUUGGAUUUGUGCGGCGAAUUAGGGUUAGGGUUUCUGGUUGGGAGCAUUGCUUGGGAGGAUUGAAGAGUUGAUCUCUAGGGUUUUGGUUGGUGAAUUGGGGAGGGGAGGGGGGGGGGAAGAUUGGCGACGGGUAGAGGAUAAUGUGUAUACUUUGUGUGAUUCAGAAGUGGUCUCGCCGGGUAGCUACGAUGCUUCCUUGGUUAGUUAUUCCAUUAAUAGGACUAUGGGCUCUCUCUCAGCUUCUACCGCCGGCUUUUCGAUUCGAGAUUACUUCGCCCAGGCUCGCCUGUGUUUUUGUGCUCUUGGUUACUCUCUUUUGGUACGAGAUUUUGAUGCCCCAGCUCUCGGCGUGGAGGGUGCGGCGCAAUGCCAGGCUUAGGGAGAGGAAGAGGUUUGAGGCGAUAGAGUUGCAGAAGCUGAGGAAAACAGCAACGAGGCGGUGCAGGAAUUGCUUGACUCCGUAUAGGGAUCAGAAUCCUGGCGGUGGUCGGUUUAUGUGUUCGUAUUGUGGACAUAUUUCUAAGAGACCGGUUUUGGACUUACCUGUGCUCCCUGGGAUCGGAAUUUCGAAUUCGGGGAUUAUCAGGGAUUUGGUUGGAAAGGGCGGAAAGAUAUUGAAUGGGAAGGUGUGGUCUGAGAAUGGAUGGAUGUGUGGUCAAGAUUGGUUGGAGAAUGGCAAUUGGGUCAGUGGUUCUAUAGGUGGGAAAUCUAGUUACUGGAAGAAGGAUGGGAGUAGUGUUUUUGGAGGGGAUGAGAAUUGUUUGGCAGAGAAGUCUUAUUCAGGUGUCGUUAUUUUUGCCUGCAAGCUACUGACCUCAUUUUUCUUGAGUGUUAGAUGGCUUGGGAGAAAGAUUUUUAGGAUUAGUACAUCAGGAGAUGAUGCUGCAUCUGAUGCGGAGCAUAAAGCAAUGUUGGCCAAGAGGGGUGAGAAUGGGGUCAACUUUCAAGAGAGUAGAGGAGAAAAGGCACGCAGAAAAGCUGAAGAAAAGAGACAAGCUAGGAUAGAGAAGGAGCUCUUAGAGGAGGAAGAGAGAAAGCAAAGGGAGGAAGUUGCAAGGUUGGUGGAGGAACGCAGGAGACUUAGGGAUGAGAAAAAGGAAGCUGAAAGAGGAGAUCGUGGGAAAACAUCGCCACCUUUGAGGGAGAAAGAUAGUAAGAAGGAAGCAGAAAAGAAACGUCAGGAUAGAAGGAAAGAUAAAGACAAGGGUUCUAGCAAGAGCAAUUCUGAUGCAGAAGAGUUGGAAAAGAGAGCAGGUAAGGAGAGUGACCGGAAACGGGACUUUGACAAGAAGAAUGACAAUGAACGUCGGGAACUUCAGAAAUCUGGGACAGAUUUUCUCAAGGGUCAAAGCAUGGAGGUGGGGUAUGGUGCAAAGAAUCUAUCUGCAAACAAUUCAGUGAGGGGAAAUGCUGGAUCUAGGUACCUGGACCGCAUGAGGGGUACAAUUUUUUCUUCUUCAAAAGCAUUCAGCGGAGGUAGUUUCUUUGGAAAGGGUGCUAAUACUACAGUGACAAAAGAAACCAAAUCUAGCAUUUCCGUGGAUCACGUCCAUAGUCCUGCCCACAAGAGAGACUUAUUUCCACCUGAACGCGUAGCUGCUAGACCUUUUAUGAAUGGAGAUGAUAAGAGUAUCAGCCGCCCUAUUCAGUCUGAAUCACAGCCAGGGACAGCACCAAAAAAAUCAUGGCAGCAAUUAUUUACUCGUUCAUCAUCCGUUCCCGCAUCCUCGAGUGUAAAUGUAAUUAGUAGACCAAAUGCAAAGUCCCAAACAGAAGUACAAACUCCUGUGAUAUCUGGUCAACCAUCAUCAAUACAAUCUUUUGACAAUCCAAUUAAUUUUGGUCUGCCAUCACCAUUCACUAUAUCUCCCUUUCCUAAUGGAGUCACUAGCAGCAGUUUAGGCUUUUCUCCUGCAGUUGAACCCAUGUUCCAUCGCAUUGGAGAAGGGCAUCAUGAACCGAUACAUGAAGAGCCAGAGCUUUUUGAAGACCCAUGUUAUGUUCCCGAUCCAGUAUCUUUGCUUGGGCCUGUCUCCGAGUCGCUUGAUAAUUUUCAGUUAGACAUGGGGGCUGGCUUUGUGACGGAUGUGGGAUUGGAGAGGCCUCGCACAUUAAAGAAUGUAUCUGCUUCUUCUGAUCUCAACAAGCCAUCUCCAAUUGAGUCACCUUUGUCACGAGAAAAAUAUAAUUGUAAUCGUGUUCCAAGUACACCAAAGGCCCAGGAUAUGCAUUCUCCACCCCUAGAUGAUGCAAAUGCAAAUGAUAAGGGUACGUGGCAAAUGUGGAAUAGUUGUCCUCUUGGUCAGGAAGGUCUAGGUUUAUCAGGUGGCCCAGCCAGCUGGCUUUUACCUUCUGAACUGAACAGAUCCAACAAGGAUGAUCUUGUGCACCCUUCAUCUCAUAUGUCACUGUUUUCAACAGAAGAGCAGGUUGUUUCUGGCCCCCAUUCUCCUCGGCAUCAGAGCAUAUUCCUUGGUAAUGGGCAUAAUGGUGGGACAUUUAGCCCUGUGACUGGUUCAAGUGAUCAUGAUCCUUGGUUACAGAAAGCAUUUUUUCCACCAUUGUCAACCGCUGAAACCCAUUAUCCUGUCAAACCUUCAGAGGAAGCUACUAAAAAUGAAAGAUUUUUUGCGAGUCCCAGCAGAUCUACAACCAAUCAUGCGUUUGAGCUGUCUCCAGGAAAUGGCUGGUCCAACAGGAAGGAAUCGAUUGAAUGCGGUGUGCAGGGUACAGCAGGGGAAGGUGUUGGAAAGCAAUCAGUUCUGAGGCCUCAUGUCAGGGGUCCUUAUCCGCCAACCCCAGAUGUACAGUCACUUUGGUCUUAUGUUUGAAAACAGAAUGAGAAAGAGGAUGAGGGACUUAAAAAAACACACCUCCUGUACUCUAAUGGAGGCAAAUAGCCUCUUUUGGAGGAGAGUUUAGAAUACUGAAUGCAUUGUAUCUUCCUGCUCUUCUUUAUAAGGGAGAUUGAUGUUUACUUACAUUAGCUUGGAUAGGAAUACACGUGACAUGCAUGCUUUUAUGCUCUUAGAUAACUGCUAGGUGUGUCACUGCCCUGAUUCAUUA